AAAAGAAAAAGAAAUCUCUCGUUGUCUCCGCUCCUUGCGCCGCCGCCAAGACGAGUCGCGGCUGAACAGGGGAGGGCCGGGCGGCGAUCUCCAUCGCAGCGGAGGGGAGGGGAGGGGAUCCUGAAUUGCAGGCGUAGUCUGGUCGUCGUGGCGGUGAGGUGAGGGGGUGACGGCGAUGGCCAACAGCGAGUACGAGUACGUGAAGAGGGAGUUCGAGCUCGACAGCCUCCUCCCGCCCUCUAAUUGGAUCGUUGUGCGCAUCGACGGCUGCCACUUCCACCGAUUCUCCAAGAUACAUACCUUUGAGAAACCAAAUGAUGAGCGUGCUUUAAGAUUGAUGAACGCCUGUGCCACUUCUAUGCUCGAAAAGUUCCCAGACAUAGUCUUCGCAUAUGGCGUCAGUGAUGAGUACAGUUUUGUUUUUAGAGAGGAAACUGAAUUCUAUCAAAGACGAGAAAGUAAAAUUCUAUCUUUAUGUGUUUCCUACUUCACUUCUGUGUACGUGAUGAAGUGGAAAGAUUUCUUUCCUAAUAAGGAGUUGAAGGAGCCUCCAUAUUUUGAUGGUCGAGUUGUAUGCUAUCCAAACUUGAAGACUAUCCGUGAUUACCUGGCCUGGAGACAAGUGGAUUGUCAUAUAAACAAUCAAUAUAACACCUGCUUCUGGUCGUUAGUGAAGUCUGGGAAAACUGAAAAAGAAGCUCAACAAGCAUUGAAGGGGACAUUUUCAAAGGACAAGAAUGAGUUACUUUCACAACAGUUCCAAAUCAAUUAUGAUGAUGAACCGGCUAUAUUCCGAAAAGGGUCUUGCGUUUACCGAGACAAGGUAGAAACAAUGGUGAAGACUGAUCGUUGUGGAAACCCCAUAAAAAGGACACGCUUAGUUAUUACAAAUGCAAAUGUCGAUAUCAUAGGACCCGAGUUUUGGGAAAAUCAUCCAUAUAUUCUUCGAGAAGAAAAAUGUAGGUAUGAGAAUGUUAAGAAGUUUGACAUCAACCAUAGGCUUCCACCUUGUAAUUGGACUGUCGUUCGCAUCGACAUUUGUAAAUUUGAGCAAUUCUCGUUGAUCCAUUCAUUUGACAAGCCAAAUGAUGAGGCAGCUCUAAGGUUGAUGAAUGCUUCUGCUUCUUUGAUGAUGGAGUCAUUCCCUGACAUUGUCUUUGGCUAUGGUUUUAGCAAUGAGUACAGUUUUGUGUUCCAGGAUAAGACUGAACUAUACCAGCGUCAGGAAAGCUUAAUCCUUUCAUCAUGUACCUCACGUUUCACCUUGUUUUACAUGAUGAAGUGGAAAGAUUUUUUCCCCAACAAGGACUUAGUGGAGCCACCGCACUUUGAGGCAGAACUUCUAUGUUACCCAAAACAAAAGAUACUUUGUGAUUAUUUGUCAUCGAGACAAGCAGAAUGCCACACCACCAACCAAUACAGCACAUGCUUUUGGAUGCUAGUGAAAUCUGGCAAAAGUGAAAACGAAGCUCGUGAGAUAUUAAAGGGAACAUUAUCAAAGGACAAGAACGAGUUGCUUUUCCAGCAAUUUCAUUUGAAUUACAACAAUGAACCAGCUGUGUUUCGGAAGGGUUCAUGUACUUACCGGCAAAAGGUGGAAGAAUCUGCAGACGCAGAGGGUAGAGAAAAUACCACAAGAGAACGGUGGGAUGUGAUUGUGGCACACGCAGACAUGGGGACGGAAUUUUGGAGAAAGCAUCCUUAUAUUUUAAGAAAAUUGGAUUUACUAGGCUGAUAAAAUUUUCUCAUCAACCUUUUCCACAUUAUCUUUUCGUUGUUGUAGUGUUGUAUAUGCAUUGUCCACACUAGUAGAAAAAUGGCUGGCCUCUCUUCAUUGGCCAUUCAUCUCGUUCAUUUCGUUCAUGUGCAAAACUUGUGCCCCUAAGAUGCAGUUUCAGCUGACAGAAUUGAGAAUCGUGAUGAUA